CGACACGACACAUGUACGUCAUUCAUGACGUACCCGGAAAAAAACAACAUGGAAUCCAGGCGGACAGUAGUGUAUUUCUUAUUGAAUAAUUCAUAUAAAAUGCAUCUUAUUCCUUAUUGAAUGAUUGAUAUAAAAUGGAUCGUAUUUCUUAUUGAGCGAUUGAUAUAAAAUAUAUGGGUGGGCGGGUAACUAACCAACUGGCUGUUUUUUAAACCAUUUUGUUUAAUCGUUGUAUUUUCUAUCUUGUUUCUCAUUUGGACUUUCUUUUCUGUCUCUGCUGUUAAUGGCAAAGUCUCAAAGUAAUUGAAAUGUAUUUGGAUUGAGUUGGAGACGCAAGCAAAAUGUCUUGUAAUGGAGAAGAUAGUUGCUCCUGCUGUUCCCUCCCGAUCUCGUCUUCCAGUGUCUACCAGACAGUGGAGGAGAUGGACUUCCAACGAGGUAUCUGGUCUGCUGCCAUGAAUGGAGACUUAAAGAGGGUGAAAUCCUUAAUCCAGAGAGGCAUCCCUCCCAACCUCAAAGACACAGCAGGAUACACAGCUCUUCACUAUGCGAGUCGCAGCGGACAUCUGACUGUGUGUGACUUUCUUCUGGAGAGUGGUGCUUGUGCGUCUCCUCAGACACCGGGCGGUGCCACGCCACUCCACCGCGCAGCCUUCUGUGGUCACCUGGAUGUCGCUCGAUUGCUUUUGCGCCACAGAGCAGAUCCAAUGAUCGCUGAUGGUGACGGUGCAUCUGCUCUACACAAGGCUGCAGAACAAGGUCAUGAAAAGGUGUGUCAACUGCUCCUUGAGGCUUGUCCAGCACUCUCCAGCCUGAAGAACAAGAGGCUCCAGCUAGCCUACCACAUAGCGCCCCAAGAGCAUUUGCAGAAGCUCCUAAAAGCACCCCUCCAACCGUAGCAUUUAGCCUCGCACAACCUGAGCUCAGUGUGCCAGACGCUAGCAGGUGAGGCUGUGCAAGGACUGCGGAAUGUAGACCUCGCUACCCGACGCCUUAGAGGCUUUGCCCUAUGGACACUGAGUGGGGAUUUGUGGACUGGAGUUCGAGCGCAGCGUGUGCAGAGCUGGAACAUCUAGGGCUGGGGUCGGCAACCCAACAUGUUGAGAGAGUCCUACUGAACCAAAAAUACAAAAAACAAAUCUGUCUGGAGCCCCCCAAAAAGUCAAAGGCCUUAUGUAAACGCUGGCAACACAUUUAGUAAGUGUCUCAGAGUGUCAGAUAACUCCUGGAAAUGACUGGCUUAAAACUGCCAAAGGUAUAGAUGCGUGUGUCCAAGUUAAAAGAAAGGACAGGCUGUCUUCUUCUAAUGGAUUUAUUACAAUCAUUGCAAGCUGGGUAACAUUUGCUGUCGCCUGGAACAACAUGAUAACGUUUGCUGUGGUCUGGAACAACAUGGCACACAACUAUGAGAAAAGCAGCCAAUAUUACAUCCAGAUAAUGUGUCAUGACACAUGCCAAUACAAAUUAAAUACACAGAGGACAUAGGUCAAGGAAAUGAGUCUGACGAGUCCACAUUUCAAGUUGUUUUUGAAAACUGUGGACCUCUGGACCAAAGAGGAAAAUAACCAUCCAGGCUGUUCUAGGGUGAAAGUGUGGUAGUCAGCUUGUGUGAUGGUAUGGGGGUGUAUUAGUGAUUGUUGUAGGGUGAAAGUGUGGUAGUCAGCAUGUGUGAUGGUAUGGGGGUGUAUUAGUGAUUGUUGUAGGGUGAAAGUGUUGUAGUCAGCAUGUGUGAUGGUAUGGGGGUGUAUUAGUGAUUGUUGUAGGGUGAAAGUGUUGUAGUCAGCAUGUGUGAUGGUAUGGGGGUGUAUUAGUGAUUGUUGUAGGGUGAAAGUGUUGUAGUCAGCAUGUGUGAUGGUAUGGGGGUGUAUUAGUGAUUGUUGUAGGGUGAAAGUGUGGUAGUCAGCAUGUGUGAUGGUAUGGGGGUGUAUUAGUGAUUGUUGUAGGGUGAAAGUGUUGUAGUCAGCAUGUGUGAUGGUAUGGGGGUGUAUUAGUGAUUGUUGUAGGGUGAAAGUGUUCUAGGCAGCAUGUGUGAUGGUAUGGGGGUGUAUUAGUGAUUGUUGUAGGGUGAAAGUGUGGUAGUCAGCAUGUGUGAUGGUAUGGGGGUGUAUUAGUGAUUGUUGUAGGGUGAAAGUGUUGUAGGCAGCAUGUGUGAUGGUAUGGGGGUGUAUUAGUGAUUGUUGUAGGGUGAAAGUGUGGUAGUCAGCAUGUGUGAUGGUAUGGGGGUGUAUUAGUGAUUGUUGUAGGGUGAAAGUGUGGUAGUCAGCAUGUGUGAUGGUAUGGGGGUGUAUUAGUGAUUGUUGUAGGGUGAAAGUGUGGUAGUCAGCAUGUGUGAUGGUAUGGGGGUGUAUUAGUGAUUGUUGUAGGGUGAAAGUGUUGUAGUCAGCAUGUGUGAUGGUAUGGGGGUGUAUUAGUGAUUGUUGUAGGGUGAAAGUGUGGUAGUCAGCAUGUGUGAUGGUAUGGGGGUGUAUUAGUGAUUGUUGUAGGGUGAAAGUGUGGUAGUCAGCAUGUGUGAUGGUAUGGGGGUGUAUUAGUGAUUGUUGUAGGGUGAAAGUGUGGUAGUCAGCAUGUGUGAUGGUAUGGGGGUGUAUUAGUGAUUGUUGUAGGGUGAAAGUGUUCUAGUCAGCAUGUGUGAUGGUAUGGGGGUGUAUUAGUGAUUGUUGUAGGGUGAAAGUGUUGUAGUCAGCAUGUGUGAUGGUAUGGGGGUGUAUUAGUGAUUGUUGUAGGGUGAAAGUGUGGUAGUCAGCAUGUGUGAUGGUAUGGGGCUGUAUUAGUGAUUGUUGUAGGGUGAAAGUGUUCUAGUCAGCAUGUGUGAUGGUAUGGGGGUGUAUUAGUGAUUGUUGUAGGGUGAAAGUGUGGUAGUCAGCAUGUGUGAUGGUAUGGGGGUGUAUUAGUGAUUGUUGUAGGGUGAAAGUGUGGUAGUCAGCAUGUGUGAUGGUAUGGGGGUGUAUUAGAGAUUGUUGUAGGGUGAAAGUGUGGUAGUCAGCAUGUGUGAUGGUAUGGGGGUGUAUUAGUGAUUGUUGUAGUCAGCAUGUGUGAUAGUAUGGGGGUGUAUUAGUGAUUGUUGUAGUCAGCAUGUGUGAUGGUAUGGGGGUGUAUUAGUGAUUGUUGUAGGGUGAAAGUGUGGUAGUCAGCAUGUGUGAUGGUAUGGGGGUGUAUUAGUGAUUGUUGUAGGGUGAAAGUGUUGUAGGCAGCAUGUGUGAUGGUAUGGGGGUGUAUUAGUGAUUGUUGUAGGGUGAAAGUGUUGUAGUCAGCAUGUGUGAUGGUAUGGGGGUGUAUUAGUGGUUGUUGUAGGGUGAAAGUGUGGUAGUCAGCAUGUGUGAUGGUAUGGGGGUGUAUUAGUGAUUGUUGUAGGGUGAAAGUGUUGUAGUCAGCAUGUGUGAUGGUAUGGGGGUGUAUUAGUGAUUGUUGUAGGGUGAAAGUGUGGUAGUCAGCAUGUGUGAUGGUAUGGGGGUGUAUUAGUGAUUGUUGUAGGGUGAAAGUGUGGUAGUCAGCAUGUGUGAUGGUAUGGGGGUGUAUUAGUGAUUGUUGUAGGGUGAAAGUGUUGUAGUCAGCAUGUGUGAUGGUAUGGGGGUGUAUUAGUGAUUGUUGUAGGGUGAAAGUGUUGUAGUCAGCAUGUGUGAUGGUAUGGGGGUGUAUUAGUGAUUGUUGUAGGGUGAAAGUGUUGUAGUCAGCAUGUGUGAUGGUAUGGGGGUGUAUUAGUGAUUGUUGUAGGGUGAAAGUGUGGUAGUCAGCAUGUGUGAUGGUAUGGGGGUGUAUUAGUGAUUGUUGUAGGGUGAAAGUGUGGUAGUCAGCAUGUGUGAUGGUAUGGGGGUGUAUUAGUGAUUGUUGUAGGGUGAAAGUGUGGUAGUCAGCAUGUGUGAUGGUAUGGGGGUGUAUUAGUGAUUGUUGUAGGGUGAAAGUGUUGUAGUCAGCAUGUGUGAUGGUAUGGGGGUGUAUUAGUGAUUGUUGUAGGGUGAAAGUGUGGUAGUCAGCAUGUGUGAUGGUAUGGGGGUGUAUUAGUGAUUGUUGUAGGGUGAAAGUGUGGUAGUCAGCAUGUGUGAUGGUAUGGGGGUGUAUUAGUGAUUGUUGUAGGGUGAAAGUGUUGUAGUCAGCAUGUGUGAUGGUAUGGGGGUAUAUUAGUGAUUGUUGUAGGGUGAAAGUGUGGUAGUCAGCAUGUGUGAUGGUAUGGGGGUGUAUUACUGAUUGUUGUAGGGUGAAAGUGUUGUAGUCAGCAUGUGUGAUGGUAUGGGGGUGUAUUAGUGAUUGUUGUAGGGUGAAAGUGUGGUAGUCAUCAUGUGUGAUGGUAUGGGGGUGUAUUAGUGGCCAAUGCAUGGCUAAUUUACACAUCUGUGAAGGCACCAUUAAUGCUGAAUUGUCCAUACAGUUAUUAUGGACGCCCCUGCUUAUUUCAGCAAGACAAUGCCAAGCCAGUUGUUACAACAGCGUGGCUUCAUAGUAAAAUAGUACAGACUGGCCUGCCUAUAGUUCAGACAUUGAAAAUGUGUGCUUGCUAAAUUAAGAGGCAGGAGACUGUUGAACAACUUAAGCUGUACAUCAAGCAAGAAUGGGAAAGAAUUCCACUUCAAAAAUGUGUCUCAGUUCCCAAACCUUUACUGAGUGUUGUUCAAAGGAAAGGCCAUGUAACACACUGGUAAAAAAGUUCAUGAUUAUUUCCAACAAAAAAUAACGGGGUUUGUCAGUGUGAAGAUGAAAUAUCUUGUCUUUGCAGUCUUUUCAAUUGAAUAUAAGUUGAAAAGGA